AAAUAAAAAAAAUUAAAAAAUUAAGAAAGGAGAAGGUAAAAGAAAAAAAGAGGAAAAGAAAAAGAUAAGAAAACAAUAAUAUAAAAAAAAAACUAAAAAAACAAGUUAAUUAGUAUAUUAUUUGUAUUACUUAAAGUAAUGUAAAACGACAGCCUAAAAGGCUUAGUGGGCUGGUCGGGAGGCUAAAAAAAGGGCGGACACACAAGCUCUUUUAAGCUUUUUGAUAGAUCCUAGAAUUUUAAGAAGAAGGAAAAGAAAGGAGAAGGCGGUCAUAGCAUUGUUAAGAAAUGUUCCAUAUAUUUGAUUGAUACAAUGAAGAGGUGUAACUAGGAAUUCAAGUUUGAUUAAUCUCUCAUUCCGCGUCGCUUUCUUACUGUCCCAAAUGAAGGUGUUUCAAACAAUAACUACGAUAAUGAAUAGUCGGAUUACAUAAUGAGAGUGAAAGAUAUAAUUUAUAAUGACCAAAGAAAAAUAGAGUAUAUAAUCGAAGAUAUGCUUGGUAAGGGAACAUUUGGUUAAGUAGCUAAGUGUAGUAAGAAUGGUACAAAUGAUUUAUUUGCUGUUAAAGUUAUUAAAAAUAGACCUGCAUAUUUUCAAUAGGCUAAGAAUGAAAUUCUUUUAUUAAGAGUUUUGAAUAAAUAGGAAGAAUAAAAUGGCGAAAAUUAUUAGAAAAGAAUUGUGAAUUUAGUAGAUUUUUUUGUUUUUCGUAAUCACUUCUGUCUAGUUUUCGAAAUGCUAGAACUGUCUCUUUAUGAUUACUUAAAAAAUACAAAAUUCUGUGGGUUUUCUUUCAGUGUUAUAGCCUAAUGGACAAAAUCGAUAUUGGAAGGAAUGGUUAUUGCUGAAUCCAAACAGAUUAUUCAUUGUGAUUUAAAACCAGAAAAUAUAAUGCUCAAAAACAAUUAACUCAAAAUAAUUGAUUUUGGAUCUGCAUGUCAUUAGGACAAAAGGAUAUUUACAUAUAUACAAAGCAGAUUUUACAGAGCGCCAGAAGUAAUUUUAGGGAUGAUAUAUACAACAGCUAUUGAUAUGUGGUCUCUAGGAUGUAUCUUAGUUGAACUUUUUCUUGGUUUACCUAUAUUUCCAGGAAAUUCUGAAUAUGAUUAAAUAAAAAGAAUAAUUGAUAUAUUAGGUAAGCCAACAAAUGAAGUUAUCGAAUAAGGGAGAUUUAAGAAUAAAUUUUUUAAAUGUUUGGAUGGAGAGUACAUUUUUAAAACAAAAUAAGAAUUUGAAAUUUCUGAAGGAAUUUAGUUGAAGGAAAGCAAGACUUACUUUUAAGUAGCUUGUUUAAACGAUUUAAAAAAUUAUAUGUACAAUUCAUAGUUUCGUAGGAAUGAAGAUGAUACAAAAAAUAAUAGAUAGUUUGAUCUUUUUCUUGAUCUAGCCACUUAAUUGCUUGAACUCAAUCCAAGAAAAAGAGUUAAAGCAAGUAUAGCUAUGUAGCAUCCAUUUUUGAAUCAAGACGAAAAUAAUUUUUAUAGCUCAUUAACCAACCAAAAGAUUGAAAAUACAAAAGAAUUUUCUCUUGAUCAGUCCACAUCUGACGAAAGACAUAAUGACAUAAAAUAGCAGUAGCAACAAAGCAAUUAGAAUACAGACUUUAAUUUAUUUAAGGUGAGUGAUUAGAACGCAGCAAUAGUCAAAAAAGCAAUAUAAAAUCAAAAAGAAAAUUAAGAGAAGCUUAAACCAAAUUAGUUAACAUCUGAUCCAUAAUAAUAAUAAAUCAAUAAUCUUCUAUCAGGUUAAUAAUAAAUAGGUUAAGAAUAAAAUUUAUAAUCAUAAUAUUAUUUAAAUCAAUACCCACUUUAGUAGUAAUAAGGAUAAUACUAAAAUGAUCCAUAUAACUUCCAUACAUAAUAACCUGGGAUAUAAUAGAUUCCUUUUAAUUAGUCUUUUACUUAGCAACCAUAGAUUUAUAAUAAUUAUUUAAAUUAAAAUAUGUAUCAAUACCCCUACUAAUUUUAAUAGUAGUAAUAUGCAUAAUAAAUGUCUCAGAUGCUCCCUUAGUAGUAAUAGCCAGUACAGUAAUCAACAUUUCCAUACUAACAGCCAUACAAUUAAGUAUAGUAGCAAUAAUAAAUGUCCACUGACCAGCUGGCUAAUUUAUUCAGCUAAUAGUUGAAUUUGCAAACUUCUAAUUAAUUUUAAAACUAAAAAUAAAGUUUUAGGAAUUAAAAGUAGUCUAAAAAGUGUCUUUCUCAGCAAGAUUCUUUGGAUUACUAGAAAGAAUUUUAUGAUGAUUAUCCUAAUUAGUUUCAAAAUAAUCAAAUAUAAGAUAAAAAUAUGUGGUCAACAAAUUAGUUUACUAAUAUUUAAAAUUAGGGUAAUUUUUACAAAAACAGUAAUUAUAAUUACUAAAAAACUGGUACUAAUUAAGGUUUUUAAUAAGGGAUUAGUAAUAUAGAAAAUAUUUAAGAUUAAUAAGUACCUCCUGCAAACAUCAAAGAUAUUUUUGAUAAUGUAGAUGAUAAUUUUCCAAAGUAAUAGCUAAACCAGUAGCCUUAAUAGUUAAUUCAUUUGUAAAAUUACUAAUAAGGAAACUAGUAACAAAUGCCUUAAGGAUUUUUGCUUAAUUCAUAAUACAUAUAAAAUUUUUAUAAUCCGUAAUAAUAAUUGGGAAUGAAUAUUGGGAAUCUUCAACCCAAUAAUAAUUUAUUAGGAAAUCAGUUUUAAGUAUAGGACUAACCUCAAUAGUAAAAUUAGUAAUAUUAACUAUUUUAGCAGUAAUUUAAUUAACAGAAUUAUGGAUUUAACUAGUUUAAUAACUAAUAGAAUAUGAGAUAAAACUAUUAGUUAUUUAAUUAAAAUAAUUUGUAAUAAAAUUUGUUUUUGUAAAAUUAACAGUAUUAUCAAUAAUAGCAAUAGCAGCUUUAAUAGUAAUAGUAACCUUUAAAUCAAUAAAAUAGUUAAUUCCCUUAAUAAACUAAUUAGCAGUAAACUUAUUACAAUAAACCUUAUUAAAACCAAAAGUAAAAUAAUAAAUAUAAAAACUCUUCUAAUGGAAAGAAUAGCAAUAAUAAUACAAAAUAAGCAGAUAUGAAUGCCAAUAAUAAUUUUAACAAUAAUAAUAAUAACAACAACAGCAACAAUAGUUAAAAGUUUUAUUAAAAUAAUAAAAAAUUUAGAAGACAUUACAGCGAUAGUGAAUUUUAGUAAUAUUAGCCUGAAUAGAAUGAAAUAUUUAAUGACAUAAAAGCACCUUUCUUAGAAUCCGAUUAAAUUGAAAAUUAGUCAUAAAAUCUUGGAAAGAGUAGUGAUAAUAUACAGGAAGAUAAUAAAUAAGAAAGACAUGGAGAGGAAUCAGCUUCAAACAACUCCUCUAACUUUAAUAAUAAUAGCAACAAUACAGGAAAUUAAAAGUAAAAUUAAAAUUUUAAGAGAUAAAAUAGCAAUUAUAACAACAAUUAAAACUAUUCAAAUUAAAAAAACUAAUAAAAAUUUAAAAAACCAAAUUAAGGAUAAGCACAACAAUAACAACAACAUAAUAAUACUUUUAAUUCCAAUUCAAACAAUAACAACUAUAGCUAAAAUUUUCCUAAUUAGAACACUUAGUUUUAAGCAAAUCUUAGCAAUAAUAAUAAUAACAGUAAUAGCAGCAGCAAUAACAAUAAUAACAACAGUAGUAUUCUAAAUAACAAUAGUAGUAAUUAGGGAUAGAUACAAACAUAAAAUAUGAAGACAAGUUAAUAAAAUAAUAAUAAUUCUAAUAAUAGUAACGAUUAAUAAAAUUAACAUAAUCCUUAGGAUAACAAUAAUAAUUUUAAAAAAGGAUAAAAUAAAUUCAAAAAUUAAAAUAAAAAAAGCUUCACAAACCAUAAAUAUUAACAGUAAAAUGCUCAACAGUAGUAGUUUUCAUAAGGACAAAAGCAAUAUUCUCCAAUAAACGAAAACCCAAGUUAAUCUUGA